GUUUGUACUUGGUAAAGAAUUAAAUGUUUUGCGAAAACUUACUCUAAAUGACUUAAUAAUGUGAAUAUAGAAGUUUUAUUAGUUUCUGAGCCUAAUUUUUAGAUUAUAAAUCUAAUUUAAUAAAGUUUAAAAGAAAAAGCUGUUCAUGAUGUCGCGACCGAGUACCUCACAGUCACCACCUGUUGUUGCUUCCAUUAACGAUGUCAGUGCAUUAUUUCAAAAUGCACAGAAAUAUGAAGAACUGAGUCUAAUUGGUACAGGUGCAUAUGGGACAGUGUAUAAAGCUCGCGAUCUUCAUAAUGGAGGGCAGAUUGUAGCUAUGAAGAAAGUUAAAGUUGCCCUCACAGAGGAUGGGAUACCACUCUCAACUGUACGAGAGAUUGCCUUGUUAAGACAACUUGAGGCGUAUAGACAUCCCAAUAUAGUCAGACUGCUAGAUGUCUGCCACGGAGGGCAGUGCUUGGAGCGAGACCAGCAGCUAGUACUAUUCCUGGUGUUUGAACAUGUGGAACAGGACCUUGACUCUUUCCUUAGUCGAGCACCGGGACCGCUUCCAGAGAGCAGGAUUAGAAGCAUGUCCCACGAUAUAAUAUCAGGGGUGGACUUCUUGCACUCUCAUCGCAUUGUGCACCGAGAUCUCAAACCUCACAAUCUCCUGGUGACGGUGGCUGGACGAGUCAAGCUAGCUGACUUUGGUCUCGCCAAGACCUAUGAUGUAGAGAUGAAGCUCACCAGUGUUGUGGUGACGCUGUGGUACCGGCCCCCGGAGGUGCUGCUGGGGGCGCGCUACUGCUCGGCGCUGGACGUGUGGUCGGCGGGCUGCGUGCUGGCGCAGCUGCACACGCGCCGCCCGCUGCUGCCCGGCGCCUCCGACUCCGAUCAGCUGCACCGUAUCUUUAGAUUAAUAGGUCGGCCCCCUCGCUCGGAGUGGCCUGACAACGUAUCCAUAGAGCUGGACAGCUUCCCCAGCUACCCUCCGCAGGACCUGGCCAGAAUCCUGCCCAGGAUACAUCCUCAUGCAUUAGAUCUUAUCAAGGGCAUGCUGGUGUUUGACCCGUCCAAACGGCUGACGGCGAUGGACUGUCUGGAGCACCCUUACUUCACGGAGGAGCCGGUCGCGUAGCUGACUGCGGCACCCACUAUCAGCCGCCGCCGCUACCGGCGACAUCAAACUAACUACUUACUAAAACAUUGUGAACACAGUGAACUUUGUCGGGAGUGUCG